AUGCCGCUUGACCGAGCUGCUCCGGCACGUUUACAUACUCCGUCAGAUGCGGGUUCGGAGCAUAUUCGAAUAGUCAAGACGCAGCAGCUGGUCAACUAUUUCCAGACAAACUACAGCAGCUUUCUUGGAGGCCUGCUUGCUGACCAUGGAGCCCCACAACCAACGCCAAUGUGUGGCACAACGCUGAAGAGCUUCACGUGUGCAUCUCCACGUCCGCACCGUGAUGUGGACUUUGAGGGGCGCUACCGCCCUACUUCUGGCAACGGAAGGAGGCGCGAGCAGGAUCAAGGCACAGCCGCUGUGCCUCUGUCCGCCCGAGCUCAUGGAGGACACGGCAGCUCCCUGCAGGUGUUGGAAUCACCCCGCACCCCUGGUCGUAACCACCCCUUGAGCACCAGACCUCGCGGAAAGGUAAAGAUCGACCUCAGUAAAGACUAUGGAAAGGAUCCCGGUCCAGAGUCGAAUGAGGUGGCUUCAAAGGACGAUGAUGAGCUUAGAAAACGAGAGGCGAGUGAGAGCCUGCGGAUGCUAGUCCUUGGAACGCCUGGCGCGAAUGCUGAGCAUUCAGAUAAAGAAUGGGCUGCUCAGCACCGUCGGGGAACCAAUGAAGAGGUGGAAACUUUCUGCAGAUGCUGGUGCCAGAUGGAUGCAGAUAACGAUGGUGACGUAGAUUUGGAAGAGUUUGCCAACUUCUUCAGCAAGCGGAAAGUUGACAGGCUGUUGGGCAUGCGAUGUAUCCGCUACCUAAUGCCCCGGGCAGCUUCGCAAGGCAAAACCUUGGUUAGCAAAGACGACAUGAUGCGUCUCCUGUGGCCCUACGCCACGGCAGAAGACAUGGACUACAUGUGCAUCGUUUUCGACCAUUGCAGGCUUUGCACAAUAGCAGUGCAGCCACCGAAGCUUUUGCCACGGAAGCGACGUACCGAGCUGCUGAAAUGUUUCCAAGAAAUGGACCGAAAUCACACUGGCCUGGUACCGUACAAUGACUUGAUCCCUGCCGGGGUUGCAGAUCAGAACAUGGUCAAGGUCCUUCGUGACAAGUAUGACAUUACCAGUAGCGGCUUCUUCGACAAGAACAGCUUUUUGGAGAUGAUGGCGCCGCUAGGAUAUCGAGCACAUGAAUCAAUGCGCUUUGUUGUGCUGAAGGAUGGUAAACGCGUGCGCUUCAUUGAAUGGUCCAGAGAAGGUUUGCGUUUCGAAGGAUGGCUGACAGAACGACAUUAUGAAAAGCUGAAGGAGCACUAUGGAUUUGAAGAUGAUGCCUGGGCAGGUGAUUAG